ACCUUGCUUGAGUGAUAAUGCUCACCAAAAUUCAUAGUAGGCUGCUGCAGCCAAAGGUAUGGAGAUUUCUGUGUUUUGUUUCAUCGAUUGUUGGACUUGUCUGUUAUGCUUUGAGCUCUUCUUUCAAUCAUUUAUGUGGCGCUUGGAAGUGGUGGAAGAUCUUUUUGUAUAUUGGUUUUAGUUUCUUCAUCUCCCUUUCCACCUUGUUUGCAAAGGCAUGGGAGUGCUCCAACUCUCCCUGUUUGGAGGCUCACACGGCCUUCUUGGUUUUGCUGAUAACUUCUGUGUACUCCUUUUUCUUCGAUAAACAAGUCACAGAGAAACCAGAUGCAUAUAGUCUGGUUUCGUAUGCUGCAUUUGCUAUCAUGUCACUAGGCUUGUCAAGACUCAGUCACUUCGGAUUUGAGGUCGAUCUUCUAUAUUUUUUCAGUGGAUUUCUGACAGUACAACUCAUGAAAAUAAAAUUAUGGUUAGUAAUUGUUGGACGGAGUUUCAGUUAUUCCCUCAUCAUUCUUCGUUCGGCCUUGGAUGCUUCAGCCACUGGGUAUGUUGGACUCCAUGUCAAUGAUGACGUAGUCAUUGAAAUUGAUUCACACUCACAAGGAACAAGCCGCAAUUUUUCACAAGUUGGUUCACCUCAAACUAUUACCACUGUUGUUGGUAAUUCCCUCGUCAUGCCGCAAGGCGUUGUUGUCUCUGAAGGAGUUGAGGAUUCAGGAUUCAUGGUCACUCAAGGCAAAAAUGACAGUAAAAAAAGUAUAAUGGCACGAUUCAUGGAAUGUAUAGAGGUGCUUAAGAAGGAGAAUGAGACCCUUAUCGACACAAUUUCAAAGCAUGUAGAUGGAUAUCUUAAAGCUAAUGUGGCCAACAAGAUUCCAACGGUGGAACUCCAUGCUGACAACAACUUGGUGGUUGAUGCAUUGCCUGCUGGAAUCAUCAACGACCUUCACGAAGCCGUGUGGCUGAUACUGGCUGAAGGGUUUGAGGAGGAUUGUUGCAGAGCAUACUAUACUUGCCGAAGGGAGUUUCUGAAAAAGUGUUUAUGGACUUUUGGGUUGCAAAUGCAAGAGCUUUGCAUGGAGGACAUUGAUAAGAUGGACAAGAUUCAGAGUUGGUUAACAAAGGUUUUGUAUGUAGUUGAUAGUGUACUCCUUCCCAAUGAAAGGACACUCUGUGGUCGCGUUUUUAAAGGGGUCUCUUCCGCUGGGGAUUUUACUUUCACUGUGGUUUGUAGAGAAUUGAAUAUUUGUUUGGUUCGCAUUGCCAAUCACUUGGCAACUAUUCUGGAGUGUGAAAAUUUUACAUAUUAUGAGGGUGGUGAGCUUCAUCCUAACAUCUGUGAAUUGAUGUACAAAUUUCGUUAUGUUUGCACACAAAGGGAUAAUAGAUCUAGGCAAGGAUUAGAAGAAUACACCAUGUUUGAUAAGGAGGGAAAGCUUUUACCGUCUGUGAAUGUGGCCAGGAUAAUAGCAGCAGCCCUGAUAGAGAGAAUUUUAGAAGUGGAGUCCAAAAAUUACCAUAACCCUUCUCUGGGAUUUGUUUUCAUCAUGAACAAUCUGAGUUUCAUACAAGUAGGAGCAAAGUUCUAUCGAUUGGUUCCUAUUUUUAGUCAAGAUUGGCUCCGGAAAUUCACAACAAAAUUUCAACAAAACCUCGAACUCUAUCUGAAAAGCUCGUGGAAUAAGAUUGUGGACUUUCUGAAGUUUGAUAUCUGUGAAUCAGAGACUAGUGUUGCGGUUGGGUUACUGAAAGACAGGAUAAAUUCGUUCAACGAACACUUUGAUGAGAUAUGCAAUGUUCAGUCUACUUGGUUUGUGUUUGAUGAAGACUUAAGAAAACAUAUUGUAAAAUCCAUAGAAAACAUGUUGUUGCCAGCAUAUGGAAACUUCAUUGGAAGGUUGCAGAAUUUUCUUGGCAAACACAGUUAUAAUUAUAUUAAGUAUGGAAUGUUUGACGUCCAAGAUCGAGUCCGCAAUCUGUUUGUUGUUAUGAAGAAUAAGAAUCUGUUUCUGAAACAGAAGUGAAAGAAACCCAAGCGAUGAUUUAGAAUACAAAAUUUUUAUUGUUGUGUUGUUGGAAUAUUGUUGUUCGAAUA